AUGCCGGACCGAGCUAGUUUCAAAGGCGAACACUGGAAAAACUACGUGACAGCCAAUAAACAGUUUGCCGAAUGCACGUUAAGAGCUCUAAGACAAUUACCGUGCAACAUCCGCGAAUCGCCGUUGAUUUGGGUACAUGACUACCAUCUGAUGCUGACAUCUAACUGGAUCAGACAAUAUGCCGAUGAAGAAGGUAUCCCUUGCAAGUUGGGCUUCUUCUUGUACAUACCUUUUUUAUCAUGGGAUAUUUUCCGUCUGUUUCCUUGGUCCGACGAAAUUUUACAGCGCAUGCUUGCCUGCCACAUGGUCGGCUUCCACAUGAUCGACUACUGUCUGCACUUUGUCAAUUGUUGUCAGCGCAAUUUGGGCUGUCGCGUCGACAGAAAGAACCUUUUGGUGGAGCACGGCGGCAGGACUGUUAUGGUGCGCCCUUUACCCAUCGGCAUACCUUUCGAAAGAUUCGUCGAGUUGGCCGAGCAAGCUCCGAGAGUGAUUUCAACGAACCAAAAAAUUAUUUUAGGCGUAGAUAAGUUAGAUUAUACCAAAGGUUUAGUGCACAGGCUGUUAGCGUUUGAGAAACUAUUGAAAAAACAUCCUGAACACUUGAAGAAGGUUUCGCUGUUGCAAAUUGCCGUGCCGUCGAGGACGGAUGCCAAGAAAUAUGUUAAAUAA